AUGCCAAAGUCGUGCGCGGCCCGGCAGUGCUGCAACCGCUACAGCAAUCGCAGGAAGCAGCUCACCUUCCACCGGUUCCCGUUCAGCCGCCCGGAGCUGCUGAAGGAAUGGGUGCUGAACAUCGGCCGGGGCGACUUCGAGCCCAAGCAGCACACAGUCAUCUGCUCUGAGCACUUCCGGCCCGAGUGUUUCAGCGCCUUUGGGAACCGCAAGAACCUGAAGCACAACGCGGUGCCCACGGUGUUCGCCUUCCAGGGCCCUCCACAGCUGGUGAGGGAGAACACAGACCCUGCAGGCCCGAGUGGAGAUGCUGCCUCCGAGAAGGGAAAGGUCCUCCCUGAGACGGGGGCCGGGGAGGGUGGCCCAGGGAGGAAGGUGGACACGACGCUCGAAGCGCCGCAGCUGCCCCCGGACGCUGGAGACCCCGGAGCACAGGUCCCGCCACACAGACCGGAAGCCACUGGGGUCCCUGGUCAGCUGGCCAGCCCCACGCAGCCGUCCGAUCACAGCUACGCCCUUUUGGACUUAGACGCUCUGAAAAAAAAACUCUUCCUGACGCUAAAGGAAAAUGAAAAGCUCCGCAGGCGCCUGAAGGCCCAGAGGCUGGUGAUGAGGAAGAUGUCCAGUCGCUUGCGUGCCUGCGGCGUGGGGCAGCCGGGACUCCAGGCCAGGUUGUGGCCGGGGCAGCAGAGCUGA